AACAUUCCUCUCCCAUUUCGUUUGAUUUGAUGUCGUUUCUCGUGAUUCUCGGGACACAAAAAUUCUCGUGAAAUAGGGUUGCAGUCUCGUGGUACAUCGUCAUCUUGCAAAAUUUAGUGUUAAUCAAGGCCCGGUGUAAACAGCAAAAUUCCUCCCACUACCACUAUGACGGUCCAGAGAAAAAUUAUCCAGCAGAUUGAGUAGGAUUUCUUACCUAAUUCUGCUCAUAAUCAAGCGUAUCCACUAUGGCCGACUGACAAAUUGGUUAUAUUUAAAUUUAAACAGAAAAAAAAAAAUCCAGUCCACACGGCUACGGCUCCCCCGCAACGUCCGCCUCCACGGCUGACGGCUCCACACCACCCCACCGCAAGGGCGCGGCCUCUCCAACGGUCAUUUCAGCCAAACCCCAACCCCAACCCCAACGGAUCGGUCCAAUUCAAAACUCGAAUCCUGCGCUCCUUCCCCAAACCCCUCCCGGCCCCGCGUCUCAUUCUCAUCCUCGCCAGCCUCCCCGACCCCCCAGAUCAACGAGAUCCGGCGAGCGAAUCCCCCUCUUCCCCGACCACCAUAUCGCAGCGAUGGAGCCGGAUCCGGUCACCGCGGCGGGGGCAUCCUCCUCCUCGCCGCCGCCGCCGCCGCCUUCCGACCACCAGAUCGCAGCAAUGGAGCCGGAUCCGGUCGCCGCGGGGGCAUCCUCCUCCUCGCCGCCGCCCUCCGACCACCAGCUCGCAGCGAUGAAGCCGGAUCCGGUCGCCGUGGGGGCAUCCUCCUCGGCGCCGCCCUCACCAGCGCCGGCCACGUCGUCCCCGCCGUCCUCACCAGCGCCGGCCGCGUCCCCGCCGCGGAAAACGCGAGAUGACGAUGGGCGGGAAGCAGUGGAGUGCGCGGAUCCUGGGGGAGACCUGAACCCCGCGCCGCCGCUGUCGCCUCAGCAGGCUACAGUUGAGGACGCCACGGUGGGCAGCGAUGUCGCGCAGGAGGAGGAGGCAAAGAAGGAGGCGAUGGCAGGAGCAGGGGAGGCUCUCCGCAGCUUCAUGGAGGAGUUUGGGAAUCAAGGAGAGGACUCUAUUAUCUUGUCACCACGGCUGAAGGAGAUUAGUACUCCUGACCGCCCAGCUGCCAUCCGCUUUCUAGGGGAGAAGUAUAACAACCUCAUGGAGAGGUACAAGAAGGCGGUGGUCAAGUGUUCUGAGGACUGUGAGCCCAGAUAUAAUGGCCUGAAGAAGAAGUACACAGAUGAGUGUGCCGAGAGGCGGCGUCUGUACAAUGAGCUUAUUGAGCUAAGAGGUAACAUUAGGGUGUUCUGCAGAUGCAGACCUCUGAGCUCCGAUGAGGUCACCCGUGGGUGUGUAUCAGUGGUUGAGAUUGACCCGUCACAGGAGACCGAGCUGCAGUUUGUCCCUAAUGAAAAAGAAAGGAAGCCGUAUAAGUUCGACCAUGUUUUCGGCCCAGAGGAUGACCAAGAGGCGGUCUUUUCAGAAACAGUGCCUGUUGUUAGAUCAGUGAUGGAUGGUUUCAACGUUUGCAUCUUUGCAUAUGGGCAAACAGGAACGGGGAAAACUUUCACAAUGGAAGGGAUUCCAGAAAAUAGGGGUGUAAAUUAUAGGGCUUUGGAAGAACUGUUCAGAAUUUCAGAGAAAAGAAGUGCAUCUGUUACAUACACAUUUUCUGUAAGCAUCUUGGAAGUUUACAACGAAAAGAUCAGAGAUCUUCUUGAUGAGAGCAAUGAUCAAUCAAAAAGGUUGGAUAUUAAGCAAAAUGCUGAUGGAACACAAGAAGUUCAUGGUUUAGUUGAGGCUCCAGUUUAUAACAUAGAUGGUGUUUGGGAGAAACUGAAGUUUGGUGCUCAAAAUAGAUCUGUUGGCUCAACCAAUGCUAAUGAACUCAGCAGCCGCUCCCACAGUUUGGUUAGGGUCACUGUUAGGAGCGAGAAUUUGGUGACUUAUCAGACGAGCAGAAGCCACAUGUGGCUAGUUGAUCUUGCUGGAAGUGAGAGAAUAGCUAAAACUGGGGUAGAAGGAGAUAGGCUGAAAGAAUCACAGUUCAUCAACAAAUCACUAUCUGCCUUGGGUGAUGUUAUAUCUGCCCUUGCCUCAAAAAAUUCCCAUAUUCCAUACAGGAAUUCCAAGUUGACUCAUUUGCUCCAAAGCUCUUUAGGCGGAGAUUGCAAGACACUAAUGUUUGUGCAGAUAAGUCCAAGCUCUAUGGAUUCAGGAGAAACUCUCAGUUCACUCAAUUUUGCGAGUAGAGUCCGGUCUGUAGAACAUGGCCCUGCUCGUAAGCAAGUUGAUCCAGCUGAAACUUUAAAGUUCAAGCAGAUGACUGAAAAACUACGGCACGAGGAAAAGGAAAAUGCACAGCUGAAUCAACGCUUGCAGCUGAUGCAGCUCAAGCAUGCUUCUCGUGAGAAUGUCUUCAGGACACUAAAUGAAAAGGUGAAGGAUGCUGAACAAGCAUGCAGAAAUUAUCAGCAACGGAUUAGAGAGCUGGAAAAUGAAUUAGGUAAUGUGAAGAGGGCUUCUAGGGAUUCUGCUAGAUCCUCGAGGCCGCCACUUGUUCCAACGAGGCAGAGACAACCUCAGGGAAGGAAUAACAGCUUGGUACCACCUUCAGGCCCUUCUAGAUGGAGGCUCAAAGCUGCCACAAUUAACAACAAAGAGAACAUUCCUGUGGCGAUGAAUAAACCAAAUCCUGUGGAUGAUCCUAAGGCUGUUGGCAAAGCAAGGCGCGUUUCACUUACCCCGGUGAUGCGACAUGUCCUCCCCAUCCAGCCCAAGAGGCGAUCAUCCAUCGCAAUACUGCCUUGUGUGAAGGAGCAUUUUUCUGUGCUAAACGAGAAGAGAGGAGGAUCUGGACUGCCAAGAGGAUCAGUUGCCACACUUGGUGUGAAUUUGGUUCCAGGAACACCCCUAGCAGGACGUGGUGGACCUGUUUAUGCUACCCCAGAUGGAUCAAAGUUCAAGAGAUUUGAUUUCGGAAGCAGCAGCAAGUUCACAAGCCCUCCAAAUGUGGGCAUGUGGAACAAAAUGGUCACACCGCAGCAGAAGCUUGGAAUGGCACCGGCAGGAGGUCCUGCAAACGCAGCGAAGUUGUGCUUCAGCAUCCAGAAAAGAGUUACGCCUCCACGUGUUCGGGCAACUUCUGGUUUGGGCAUCAGCAUUGUCGACGCAGCUCUGCGAGAGAACGUGGCUGUGGGGAUACACGCCAAAGCGCGGCGGGUGCCCAACACCAAGAGAAGACAAUCUAUCCUCUAACUCUGGAAGCGAAGGUUUGGACGUUCAAACUGAGCUGCUGUGUGGUGAGAAUGAUGGUGCCUUAAGCGUCGUGUUCUUAGUGAAACCGUGUUGGGACAGAACGAUGUUCUUUUCAGCAUCUUUAAAGUGAUUCUGCUUAGUUCUUUCUAGUUGAUAAGAAAGCUAUGUUAAAACUGUUCAUGGAAGUCGUUGAUUGUAUUUGUUCGUUACUAAGAAAGCUAUAUGUUAACAUCGGUCUUGGAAGUCGUUGAUUGUAUUUGUUCGUUACCAAGAAAGCUAUGUUAAAAUUGAUCGUGGAA